GUAACUCGAUAGGGUUCAGCUCUGCUGCUCCAUCAUAUCUCCUCCAUAAUUCUAACCACCAUCUCGAUCAAGCAACGAUGGCUAUACUUGUGAUCACGGUGAACAUGCAAUGCUGCCGCUGCAAGGAGAAGAUCGACAAGAUCCUCAACUGCCUCAGAUGCAAGCAUUGCAUCGAGAAGAUCGAGUACGAGGGCGAGAAGGUGAUCGUCCGGGGAAGCUUCUGCGCGGAGGAGCUCCGCACGUGCAUCUGGCGCAAGGCCGGCUGCAAGAUCAUCGUCAGCAUCGUCAUCGUCGAGGUGUGGCCGCCGCCGCCGCCGGCGGUCACCGUCAAUGUCAAGGCCGACGUCACCGCCACGGCCGUCGCCGCGGCGGAGGCGGCGGCGAAGGCCACCGCGGAGGCCUUCAUCAUGGUGGAGAGGGAGCACUGCAACAAGCAGCCGCCGGCGUGCAAGAUGGUGCCGUUCCCGUACCCGGUGCCCUACCCGGUGCCGUGCAACAAGACGGCGACGGACAAGCCUAAGCCGUGCUGCGGCGGCUGCGUGCCUCCGCCGCCGCGGUGCAAGUGCGGCGUCGACGGCUGCGGCGGCGGCUGUUCAGGAGGACACGGCGGGGAAUGCGGGGGCGGCGGCGGCGGCUGCAAGAAGCCCUGCUGUUCGCCGCCGCCGUGCCCGUGGCAGCCCGUCUGCCCGCCGCCGCCGUGCGGCGGCGGCGGCUACGUCGUCUAUGAGCAGCCGGAGGGAUGCUCUGUCAUGUGAUCGAACAGCUGCCGUACGUGCCUCGGAAAUCGGAAUAAUUAAACGCGUUAAUUACUUAUGUCUGGUGUGGUAUUUUUUUCUUAAUUAAAUCAUGUAAUUUUAUUAAUUGUCUAUAUUACUACACAUGUAAUUUGUUGUGUGUAUACAGUAUAUACAUGUAUGUAAUUUGUUGUCUAUAUAUUUGACAUGUAUAUAUAUUUUGCUCAACCAGUUCCAGCUAA